AUGGGAAACACAAUCUCCUCGUCAACACCUAUACCAUUACUCACCAACACCGUCGCAACAUCCUACAAUCGCAAAGGGAAUUAUGUCGUGCAAUCAACCCUUGGUACCGGCAACUAUGGCAUCGUGUACAAAGUCAAUCACACACACUCCCACAAGCUCUUUGCGAUGAAAGUACUUCAAACCUCGACCUCUGCUCAGCUUCGGAAAUUCCGCGAAGAAGCCACCAUUCUAGCCAGUCUAUCGCAUCUGCACAUCGUCGCUUUGGAAGAUAUAGGCGGCGUGCCUGAUCCCGAGACGAAAUCCUGGAAUGCGUGUAUCUUGACCGAGCUGGCUGAUCAUAACCUGCUCGAUUUUUACACUGCUUACUCUGCACUGGGUAUUUCGGGACUCGAUGAAGCAAUCGCCCAAACACUGGCGUGGCAAAUGCUGUCCGCUCUGACAUAUCUGCAUGAUCGCAAACUCGCGCACGGGGAUAUCAAACCUGCGAAUAUUCUUGUGUUUCACGAUUCGGAAGCGUCUCGUUUGACUUUCAAGAUCUCGGAUUUUGGUUUGGCCGCACAUCUUUCUUUGGUGGAUCAGAGUAUGCCUACCCCAGUGGCGAGGUAUACGGCUCCUGAGCUUCUGCUUUGCGAUGGCGGUGCAGAGCAAGUGUGCAAAGCGGAUGUUUGGGCGGUUGGGAUGGUGUGCAGGGAUUUGUGUACUCGGGCUCUGAUGCCGCCACAUAUCGAGACCAAGGGGAUGGGUUCCUGGGCCAAGGAAGCAAUCGACUGGAUGACAAGGGGAAGUGUCUGGGACAGACCUACUGCGAAAGAGUGUAGGGAGUCUGUAUGGGUGAGGCAGGGGGAAAGAAUACCGGCUGGACUUUUGAGGGUAUUGAGAAAGGAGUUGGGUCUGGACGAUGCUAGGGCAAGUGACGAGAUGGAGAUGUGA